AUGAUUCAAAAAACCAUUAAAACCUGCUCAAUCACAUUCCUCCAAAAGUGCAAAACUCUCAACCAGCUCAAGCAAAUCCAUGCCCAUCUCCUCAAAUUUCAACUACUCGAAAACCCAAUUGCCAUUGGCCCAGUUCUCAAUUUUGGAGCUACCUCCGAUAAUCCCUCGUUCUUCUCUUACGCUCGCUCUUUGUUUCAAAGCCUCCAGUACAGAAAUACUUUCAUGUACAAUACCAUGAUCAGAGGAUAUGUCCAAGAAAAUUCACCGCUAUCCGCGGUUUUAUGCUAUGUAGAGAUGUUGAAUUAUGGUCUUAUAGCCAAUAACUAUACUUUUCCGCCAUUAAUUAAGGCGUGUGCGAUUAUGUUACCUAAUUUUAAGUUAACAGGUCGUUUAGUUCACGGCCAUAUUGUUGAAUUGGGAUUUUCUAAUGACCCGUUUGUUGUUAGCUCGCUUAUUGAGUUUUAUUCUCUAGAUGAUGACAUUGAAAGAGCACGGAUGUUGUUCGAUAAAAUUCCUGAAAAGGAUGUGGUUUUGUGGACCGCGAUGAUUGAUGGGUAUGGUAAGAUGGGGCUUGUGGAAAGUGCGAGGGCUUUGUUUGAUGAAAUGCCUGAAAGAAAUGUGAUUUCUUGGAGUUCUAUAAUGGCAGCAUAUUCACGGAUUAGUGAUUUCAAAGAAGUGCUUGGAUUGUACAGAAGCAUGCAAGAAGUUGGAAUAAAGCCAAAUGAGUCCGUUCUUGUGAGUGUUCUUACGGCCUGUGCCCAUCUUGGUGCACUAGCACAAGGUUUGUGGGUUCACUCCUAUGCUAGAAGAUACAAUCUUGAGUCGAACCCAAGAUUGGCCACUGCAUUGGUGGACAUGUACUCGAAAUGUGGUUGUGUGGAAUUGGCUUUAUCGGUUUUUGAGGAUAUUACUAAUAAGGAUGCUGGAGCUUGGAAUGCUAUCAUUUCUGGGGUUGCACUAAAUGGGAUCACAAGGAAGUCACUUGAACUAUUUAAUGAGAUGGCAUCAAAUGGGACUCAACCCUCAGAGACGACGUUUGUUGCUGUCCUAACUGCUUGCACUCAUGCAAAGUUGGUUAGAGAAGGCCUAGGAUUUUUUGAACAAAUGGUUACUAGAUAUGGGAUCAAACCCAAGUUUGAACAUCAUGCGUGUGUGGUUGAUCUUUUGGCAAGAGCUGGCAGGUUGGAGGAGGCGGAGAAGUUUAUAGACGAGAAAAUGGGUGGGAUCAAAGAAGGGGAUGCUAAUGUGUGGGGAUCUUUACUGGGUGCUUGCAGAAUUUACGGAAAUGUUGAAAUUGGGAACAGGGUAUGGAAAAAGCUAGCUGAGAUGGGAUUAGCUGAUUGUGGAACUCAUGUGCUGUCAUAUAACAUCUAUAAGGAAGCGGGGUGGGAAACGGAAGCAAAGAAUGUUAGAAGGUUGAUCACAGAGGUGGGGAUGCAGAGAAAACCUGGUUGCAGUGUCAUAGAGGUGAAUGGUGUUGUUGAAGAGUUCCUUGCUGGUGAUCUCUUGCACCCAAAGGCACAAGAACUAUCCAAACUGCUUGAUUCGUUAAAUAUACAACUGUACUGA